GAGAACAUUCGAGAAAUACUCGUCCCAUACAUGACGUGCACUCCAGUCGUGCCCUUCAGUCAUGCCCUUCACUGCACAACACUCUCAAUCACAGCCCGACACACGUCUCCCUCCCCUCCUGUCCUCAACACAUACUUUAUGACAGGAAUUGGUGGCAAACUCGUGAAUCACCGAUUAUUGACUGAAGACAAGAGACGUAGGGAUCAAAUGGGAGACCAAAAUGAGGACAAAGUUAUGGACAAUAAAUGCAUUUUCUGUAACAUAUCUAAUAAAAUGACAGCAAAUACUCAACUCUUAUAUGAAGAUGACAAUUAUGUGAUCAUCCGAGACAUCCGACCAGUUGUCGAUUACCACUACCUCCUCAUCACUAAAAGCCAUAUAAAAAAUGUCAAACAAAUGAAGACAAGAGAAGGCAUUGAAAUGAUUAAGGAUAUGAAGCGAAUUGGUCUCCAAUUCAUGUCCGACCAGACACUGACCGAUGAGUCGCAGUUGAGGCAAGUGCUCACUUGAUUACCACUGAGUCCAUAGUCAUACUGACCACUACCCCACCCCCACAACCCUCCCCAACCCCUAUGCAGAAUGGGUUUCCAUUGGCCCCCAUUCCACAGCAUAUCUCACCUUCAUUUGCAUCUCUUGUAUCCCA